AUGGAGCGACCAAAGGACGAACGGCAUAACAUUUUACUUACAAUGAGAGCGACCAUCUUCAUUCUUCUCGUUUAUUCAGUGCUUUUAAUAAAUGCACAACUUUAUGGUUAUGGAAUGGGCAGUUUACUUGGUUCGCCAUAUGGUUAUGGACUUGGCGGUUAUGGCGGUUAUGGCAGUGGAUAUGGCGGAUAUGGUGGAUAUGGCGGAUAUGGCGGAUAUGGUGGUGGUGGUUUUGGUAUGGGAGGGAUGGGAUGUUGCGUUGGAAUGUAUGGUAAGCGGAAAUGA